GCGAGUGCAGUGACAGCUGUGUGUGUGUUUAUAUGAGAGCGUGUGUAUGUGUGUCUGUUUGUCUGAAGUUCUGUGCUGCUCUGUCCACGGUACCACCUCCUCUCUCUUAGCGUAGACAUCUCACUGAAGAAGACAACCCGGUUGCCAUGGCGUUCUCCGGCGCCGGCGUGAUCCGCGAGGAGCAGCUGCAGUGCCCGAUCUGCCUGCAGCUGCUGGCCGACCCCGUCACCACCUCCUGCGGGCACAACUACUGCCAGGCCUGCCUGGGCCUGUACUGGGACAAGAGCGCCCACCCCUGGCGCUGCCCGCUCUGCAAGGAGGCCUUCGCCCAGCGGCCCGCGCUCCGCACCAACACCACCCUCCGCGACAUGGUGGAGCUGUUCCGACAGAGCGCCGCCAACGCCAACGCCGAGCCUGGCCCUGCGCCCGUUCCAGAGGGCAUUGUGCCCGCCGCUCGUCCGCUGGCACUGCCCGGGGAGGUGGCGUGUGACAUGUGCGGCAGCGGUGGCGGCGGCGGUGGGCAGUUGCGUCUCCGCGCCCUCAAGUCCUGCCUGGACUGCGGCACGUCGUUCUGCGCGCUGCACCUGGAGCUCCACCAGAGGGCGCCGGCGCUGCAGAAGCACGUGCUCAGCGAGCCGCUACAGGACCUGGAGAGGCGUGUGUGCCAGAAGCAUCGGCGGCCGCUGGAGCUGUUCUGCAGGGACGACCACACGUGUGUGUGUGAGUUCUGCGUCGAGGGAGAACACAAGAACCACACCACGGUUCCCCUGGAGGAGGAGGGCAAAGACAGGAAGACUCAGCUGGGGAAGACUCAGGCAGAGCUUCUGGAGAUGAUUCUGGAGCGGCUGGACAAGAUCAGCGAGAUCAAACACUCUGUGGAGUUCAGGAAGAGGAGCACAGAGGAGGAGAUUGCGGCGAGUGGUGAGCUGUGCGCGGCGGUGGUGCGCAGUGUGGGGCGGAGCCACGAGGAGCUGGAGGCGGAGCUUAUGCAGGAACAGGAAGUGGCGGAGAGGGAGGCCGAGGAGAUGGUGAUGCAGCUGCAGCAGGAAAUCACCUCCCUCAAGACCCGUAGCACAGAUACAGUGCACCUACUGCACACAGACGACAACCUACACCUGCUGCAGGCAGACCCGGCUCUGUGCUGCCUUCCAGAGACACGCAGCUGGGCCGGCAUGCGAGUGAACACACACGUGUGUGUGGAGGCUGCCAUGGCCAAGAUGGAGCAGACCCUCAAGGACCAGCUCCAGAGCAUCCCACAGAGGAAACUCAGAAGGAUCCAGCAAUAUGCAGUGGAGGUGACGCUGGACCCCUUGACGGCGCACCCCAAGCUGCUGCUGUCUGCGGACCGUAAGGAGGUGCGCUGCGGGGACAAGCCGCUGAAGGUGCCCCCGAGCCCCCUGCGCUUCGACUCCUGCGCCUGCGUACUGGCCACACAGCGCUUCGCCUCAGGAAGACACUACUUCCAGGUGCGUGUGGGCGGUAAGACGGGCUGGGGUGUUGGUGUGGCCAGUGAGUCACUGCAGCGUCACGGCGAGGUGUGUGUAGGGCCGGAGGAGGGGGUGUGGUCUCUGGUGUUGAGGACGGGACCAGAGGCGGAGUACUGGGCUGCAGACCACACCCCUCGACGCCUGACUCCGCCCUCAGAACUCCAGACGCUCGGUGUGUUCGUGGACUACGACGCCGGCCGCGUAGCCUUCUACGACGUCGACAACGCCGCGCUGCUCUACGCCUACUCCGGAUUCGUCUUCGCCGAUAGGCUCCACCCUUUCUUCAGCCCAUACAACAACGACGGCGGGGGAAACGCCGCCCCACUCGUCAUCACGCCUGUCAAUCACACAGCAUGAGCGCCUGUCAAUCACACAGCAUGAGCACCUGUCAACAUGAGCGCCUGUCAAUCACAUGGCAUGAGCGGCAAACUGUUUA